AAAAGCAAGGGAGCCAUAUUUGGUAAGGGAUUUUGAUAAGAAACGCAGUCGGCGCCAUCCUGGUUCUGGGAGGAAAAGCCAUAGAAAUAAAACAGGAACGAUGGGGAAGGCGCUAUUUCCUCCUUCGCUGUGAAGCCAAGACGCGAUGCCCCUCGUAGUGCUGUGCGGGUUGCCGGGGAGCGGCAAGAGCCGGCGCGCCGAGGAGCUGAGGGCGGCGCUGGGCCCCGAGAAGGGAGAAGAGCGGCAGGCGUUCGUGGUAGCCGAGGAGGACUUGGCCGGAGAUGGCGGCGGCGGCGGCAGGUCAGCCCUGCGGGCGGGGGUCGAGCGGCUGCUGGGCCAGCGGGACGUGGUGAUUGUGGACGCGGGCAGCGAGCUGAAGAGCUUCCGCUACGAGCUCUACUGCCUGAGCAAGCACGCGGGGACGCCGCACUGCCUGGUGCUGUGUCCGGGGGGCGCCGCCCGGCCCGACAGGCCGCCCUUGGAGCCGCCGGACUCGCGCAACCGCUGGGACUGGCCCCUCUUCACGGCGCCCCUCGACCCGGACCAGCCGCUGCCGCUGCCCGAGAUCCGCGCCGCCCUCUUCGAGCGCCGCCCGCCUCCUCCCAACCAGUCCACGCGUUCGCAGCCCCUGCAGGCCCCCGGCUUCCUCCACCAGCUGGACCGCCUCACCCAGGACGUGCUGGCUGCCCUCAUGGCUGCCCAGAGGAAUGGCGUCCAGCCGGGGCAGUUCAUCCCCGUGGCGGUGGACGGGUUGGGAGCGGGGGGCGGCAGCGAAAAGCCAUCGGGGUUGGUGCUGAACAGACCCGUCAGCCUCGCUGAGCUCAGCCGGCUUCGAAGGCAGUUCCUCAGCUACGCCAAGAUGCACCCGGGAGAAGGAGAGGAGAAUCUGCCCCAGCUGGGUAACAUGUUUCUGGACUACCUGAGUCGCAACCUCCAGUGACGGAGCCUGGAAGUCUGAACGUUGGGCUGAGGCACGCUUUUCUUGACCUGAAGUUGCCCCCACAGUGAUGGGGUCUGGAGCCUCAACUUUGGUGCUGCCAUUAGAUCCUCUUUGCUGUCUGAACUUUGGAGGAGUGCAGUGACUGCAUCGCUCUUCCGCUGCAUAAAUUGUGCUGGGAACCCACUUUUUGUACGAAGUGGCACAGAAAUACUUCAGAUAAACAAGUUUCCAUCACACAUGUUUGUACUUAAGCAGCCAACUUUAUUCUUUGAUUUUUGUUCAUUGUCUAUUACCAGGGAGCUUAGGCAAGUGUGCAUGAUUCUUGUAGUAUCUAGAUUAGGCUGAGAAACAGUGAACUUGCCUAGUCAGCCAGUGCUCUAUAGCAAUAUGUUCGUUUUGUUAAAAAAAAAUGUGGUGCAUUCCUGAACACGCUUAGUAGUUUAUUGAACACAGUGGGGCUUAUUGCUUUUAAGUAAAAAUGCAAUGGAUAAGUGCUAUAUGGUGGUUGCUAUACCCCCCCAGUAUUUGUAUGAACUUGUGUGAUUAUCUUAGUAAGGAGUGGAAGCUGUAAGGUGGGCUCAGGUUUGAGUUGUGGAUAAAGACAAAUGCAAAUAAAGUACUUCACAGUUUAAGGGUAUGCUAAUAUACACUUGAACCUAUGGCCAUAGCAGGAAACUGAUCAUUCUUGGCUUUCCUGUUUCUAAAGAUAAAAUGGAUUUAUAGCAUAGGUACAGAUAGCCUCUGCUUAUUUUUAAUUUCUAAAAAGAAAGCUGUAGGACCUUUUCAAGAGUUCUCGGUCUUUACUAGUUAUGUUGACAUUUGACUAAAUGCUGCUUUUGUUAUCUCUCCAGUAGGGCGAUUGAAAAAGCUUCAGUUUAUUAGGGCUGCUUAUAGCUCUUAGGAAUUGAGAUAUCUUAUCUUCCUUUUCUUUUAGAUUUUAACUUGUUUAUUUGAAAACUAAGAAUAAGAUUUCUCUCUCUGUGUAGGAGAGGUUUGUUAUGCUCCCCGAAAUACCUCUGCAAGUGCAUUUCAGCAUAGCCAGUGAUAAUUCUUGGGCAUGUUGCUUAUUCUCUAAUAUCUUCAUCAGACCAUAUUCGACUGUGCCUUUGAUGGAUCGUAUGAAUUUCUUCAUUACAGGUAGAAACUCACUGUAAGCAACUCUAACACAAAGUGAUGGUGUUGUAGGAUAAGUUUUCCUGUACACGAAUGGACAACUACAACUGCCUGAUACUUCAUCGAUACUUAUGCACACAGGAUGAGCAGGGCUGGCCCUGAGACAUUUGCUACCUGAGGGGGUAUUGUUUUUAUGCUGCAUUUAUAGAUAUGCUAUUUGGAAGCUUUUAAAAAUAUGUAUUUUAAAACUGGUUAAUUUAAGCUGUGCUGAUAACCUAUUAGAACUGUAGAAUGUAAUUUUAAGUAAUCCCUUCUUUCACUAAGGAGCAAGGUGAUGCUAUGCACUGGAAUGUUCUAUCAACUUAAAUCAAAAUGAAGUGCUCUGACCUGUUUCACUGAGGCUUGUGCAAAGCCCCUCUUAAGGAAUGGCUCAUAACAGCAGAAGGCUGUGGGGGUUCUAACAUUGGAAGAGCUUCUGAGUUAGCUUAUUCAGGUUAUCAUCCUGUGCAAAUUUAUUAAGAGUGAUCCCAUCAAACACAGGUGGCCUUACUUUUGAGUAAACAUGGAUAUGCUUUAAGAAUUUUUUUUCCAAACGAACACAAAACCAGAUGACACAAGUAAAAGAGUUCUGGUUGUCUAAUGAACAGACAACCAACCUUAGAUCCAUGGUCUUGGGCCAUAUCAAGUCCUAACUGUCAAUGAAACCAGGCAGUAUCAAUGAAGUUGGAAUGUAUCCUCUUCAAACAAAAUCAGAACUGCCUGGCAACUGUAGUUAUCAAGGCAGUGUUGGCUGCCAUGCCUAGAACUAUUGUUCUGUUGCAGUGAUCAUGUAACCACAACCCAAAAUGAGGGAAAUCCCGAAGAGCUGUACACAUAUGUGUGCAUUGCCUAAACCAGCAACAAACCUGUACCAAUAACCAAGGAAUAUCUGCUCUUAUGUUCACAGUUAACUUUCAAAUGGAAGAACUCUGUGUCUACCUACUGCAUAAGCUGAAAAGAUGUUGAUGUGACAUGAGUAUGUGCCUUUAAAAAGGAAUGGUUAGCUUAAUGGCAAAUCAAUGUAUGACAAACCAAGGUUCAGAACAUCCUGGGUGGGCUCACAUGAAAUGGAAUCCCACUGUGGUAAAUCACCAUGGCAGGUAACUGUUAAGCGCCAAGCAGCUACAAUGAGCAGAACAGGUGACCAGGCUUGUUGUAGUUGUUUUGCUUCAGACACCACCUCCCUUCUCAUUCCUUCUAGUGAUGUCCCAGGGGACACUGAUGGGACAAAUGAGGGUGCUCUUUGACAGCUGUGACCAUUCGCCCAUUCUAGUUUGCCAUGGCUGUCAAUCAGUUUGCUGUGCAAACAGAACUCAGAGAGGGAGGUGCGGAUUAGGCACCCUUGCCUCCUGCUGCAGAGCAGGAGGCAAGGGCCAGGUACAAGGAUGGGCCAUCGGUUGGGCAGUGCUGCCAAAGGAGACAGCACCACUCAGCUUAUCACUCCUGCCCGAGAGGCUUUCUUGCAAACUGAGCGGGGAGUCGGGCCAGGCAAGGAUGCUUGCUUCUUGGUGUGUCCCUGGUCCAGUUGCUCCCCCUGCUGGAGAGAGAGCUGUUCAAGCAGGAGCGGCGAUUAGGUUAGACUGGAGCUUACCGAGAAUGGAAGGAACAUCACUACUUAGUCCACAUUUUUCCUUCCCUGUUCUUGCUUGAGCAUCUUUCUCAAGCAGGAGUGCAUCAGGGUGGGAGCGGCUUGUUCAUGCUUGAGAUGAAGCCUCACCACAUGAGUUGGGGAGUGAGGAACCAUCAGUUGGGUAGCCCUGCUGAGAGCUGGGCUCUUGCCAAGAAGUUGUCUUCUUGUGGGGAUUUCCCACAGUAGGUUGUGUUAUCCAGGUUUGGGUGACACAACAAGCAGUUGUGAUAGGAAGAAAUCCUAGAGAAAACUUGUUUCUUAUGAUGCGUGGGUUUGGAAAUUGUUGAUAAUUUAUGAUUGCUUGUCAUGUCAUGUGAGCCCAGUCACAGUGUUCUAACAGUCUAAAAAUGCACACCCUCAAUUAUCACGAAUUUCUAAGAAUGUACUUGCAUGCGCAGAGACGUUUUGAUAAUUACUAAAGUGCCCUAAAAGCUUAUUGGAUUUGCAUUUGAAAGUAGUAGCUUGGUCUUAAAUUUACAGUUAUAUAAUCUACCAAUUUUAAAUGAUCCAAAGUAAAAUCAGAAACAAUUCACUAAUCA